AUGUUGAUAAUAAUUUGUUUGUUAUUUGGAAGUGAAUAUGAAAAUGGAGAGAUUCCAGUUAAUGAAUACAGUCGCGAAUUGUUGUGUCUUGGGAACACAUCAAAACAUAAUAUUAAAGUGCAAUUAAAAAUGAUAGAAGGAAAUGAUGUUUAUGAAAUAAAAUCAGAUCCACUUUUUGUAACAAUUAAACCAUAUCAUGCAUGUGAAUUUGAAAAAUCUUUAAAGCCAAAUUAUACUUCAAAAAUUAAAGACAAAAUUGCUUGUGCAACUUUGAAUAUCAACAAA